AUGAAGACAAACACUAACACGAAAUUCAUACUCCUUCACCCAUCAAUCCACAAAACCCUGCCUUCUUCUCACCGUCUUCGGUUACUCUUCAUAGUCACUUCCUUUACCAUAGCUUUCACUCUCACUCUCUUCACCACCACCACCUUCCCUACAACCACCACAACUUCAACUCUCACCACCUCCACCACCUCUCUCCCACUCUCCAUCACCGCUGCCCUCCUCCACUACGCCUCCACAGCCAACUCCACAACACCCCACAUGUCAUCUGCUGAACUCUCCACCAUCGUCACCACCCUUCAAAACUGCUCCCCUCAUUGCAAUUUCCUCGUUUUUGGCCUGACCCACGAGACCCUUCUGUGGAAAUCACUCAAUUUCCAUGGUCGUACAAUCUUUCUUGAUGAAAGUGAGUACUUUGUUUCGAACUUUGAAAAAGACCACCCUGAUAUCGAAGCUUAUGAUAUACAAUUCACCUCCAAAGUUAGUGAAAUGAGUGAUCUUUUAUUAGUGACAAAGGGGCAAGUUAAUGGUGACUGCAGGCCUGUACAAAAUCUACUCUUCUCUGAUUGUAAGCUUGGCAUAAAUGACAUGCCUAAUCACAUUUAUGAAAUCUCUUGGGAUGUGAUUUUAAUCGAUGGGCCUCGUGGGUAUUUCGCGGCGGCUCCAGGGAGGAUGUCACCAAUAUUUACUGCUGCUGUUAUGGCAAGGAGUAAGAGAGGAGGCAACAAGAAGACACAUGUUUUUGUGCAUGAAAUUGAUAGAGAAGUUGAGGGGGUUUAUAGUGAAGAGUUUCUGUGUGAAGAGAAUCUGGUAGAGACUGUUGAUUCACUGGGACAUUUUGUGUUGGAGAGAAAGGAAGCUAAUUGCUUUGAGUUCUGCAAAAAUUCGACAUCUUUGUCAUCAUCAUUGCCAACUUCAAUAACAAAGACGGCAUCUUUAUCAUCCGGGGAUGAUGAUGAUUGA